AUGGUCCUCCCAACAACAAUUGUUCGUCCACUACAGCUGCUCACUCGCGUCCUGCAGUGGUCGAGCGCUGUCAUCGUUAUGGGUCUGACCUCAUACUUCAUCCACCACGGUCCCCGUGGCCUGUCCACCAUCUACCAGGAAGUUAUCGCCGUCAUCUCAGUCGUCUUCUUCAUCCCAGCUUUCAUUUCGCCAUUCCUACCCUCGUCGUUGAGCAAAUUCGUGCUCGCUAUCGACGUCGUAUUCUCCUACCUUUGGUUGACUGCCUUCAUCUUCGCCGCACAAGACUACAAUAGAGGCCAUUGCCGCAGCGCUAUCCCCACAGGCAUCGGCUGCAAGCGCAAGUGGGCCAAUGAAUCUUUUAUCUUCCUAGCUUUCAUCUUCACCUUCUUCGGCAUGCUCCUCGAAGUCCUCGCCCUCUGGGCCUAUCGUAAGGAAAAUAGCACUUCCCACCGCACCGCCACUGAGGACAAGGCCAAUCAUGGGGCCCGUCCACCUAUGGAUGCGCCUGCAGCUCCUGCUGGCACUGUCUAA